AUGUGGGGAAAGAGAGCGAUACGUCCAGCCCCUCUGCCAGUCCCUACAUCCCUACAGUACGUCCAACCCCUCUACCAGUCCCGACAGUACGUCCAACCCCUCUACCAGUCCCGAGAGUACGUCCAACCCCUCUACCAGUCCCGACAGUACGUCCAACCUCUACCAGUCCCUACAUCCCUACAGUACGUCCAGCCCCUCUACCAGUCCCUACAGUACGUCCAGCCCCUCUACCAGUCCCGACAGUACGUCCAGUCCCUCUACCAGUCCCUACAGUACCUUCCUCUACCUUCCCUACAGUACGUCCAGCCCCUCUACCAAUCCCCACAGUACGUCCAGCCCCUCUACCAGUCCCUACAGUACGUCCCUCUACCUUCCCUACAGUACGUCAAGCCCCUCUACCAGUCCAUACAGUACGUCCAGCCCCUCUACCAGUCCCUACAGUACAUCCAGCCCCUCUACCAGUCCCUACAGUACGUCUCCCUACAGUACGUCCAGUCCCUCUACCAGUCCCCAUAUACGUCCAGCCCCUCUACCAGUCCCGACAGUACGGCCAACCCCUCUACCAGUCCCUACAGUACGUCCAGCCCCUCUACCAGUCCCGACAGUACGGCCAACCCCUCUACCAGUCCCCACAGUACGUCCCUCUACCAGUCCCCACAUCCCUACAGUACAUCCCUCUACCAGUCCCUACAGUACGUCCAGCCCCUCUACCAGUCCCGACAGUACGGCCAACCCCUCUACCAGUCCCUACAGUACGUCCAGCCCCUCUACCAGUCCCCACAGUACCCCCAGCCCCUCUACCUGUCCCCACAGCCCCUCUACCAGUCCCCACAGUAUGGCCAACCCCUCUACCAAUCCCCACAGUACGUCCAACCCAUCUACCAGUCCCCACAGUACCCCCAGCCCCUCUACCAGUCCCACAGCCCCUCUACCAGUCCCCACAGUAUGGCCAACCCCUCUACCAUUCCCCACAGUAUUUAA